CGUUGCCUUCUACGUGGAUAGUCAUAUGAGUCUGCAAAGAGUUUUUGAGUUGGUCUGCAAGUCUUUAUUCUUGUUUAAGGUCAUUGUGAAAUGAAACCACUUCCUGUGAAGGUUUAACACUAAUGUAAAAACACUACUCAUCAUUCUGAGGACCACACCUCAUAUUGUGAAGACAUACUGUCAGACACAACUAAUAAUGGAUUCUGAUGACAUUUAUCAAAAUGUUGAACGCAGAGAUAUUGUGGACACAACUGGACCUCAAACACUGAAUCACAGCAAGGAUGAAGGAAAAGAUCAAAAGUGCAGAGGAAGCAGGUGUUUGGUGUUGAUGACAGUGUGUCUCGGGAUCAUUUGUGUUCUUCUGCUGGUCUUCAUCAUACUGCAGCACAUCUCCAACAGAGCAGAGAGAGAAUCUCUGUUCAAGAGUUACAAGAACACAGUUGAAGAGUUCAAUCAGACCAUCAACAGAUUACAGCACAAUUACACUGAACUAAAGACUGAAAAAGACCAACUGAAGAACAGCUUCAACUCUUUGAGUCAGAAGAAACUGGAGCUGGAGACCAGAGUCACGUCUUUGAGUAAUACACUGGAGACAAAAGCUUUUAAAGAAGUGUUUCUGUUAGGAUGUCUGUGCAGAUUAGAUGGCUUGUUAAUCUCCAAUAAGGUGAUGAACUGGGCUGACAGCAGGCAGUACUGCAGGGAUCGAGGAGCUGAUCUGGUCAUUAUCGACACUGUACAGAAGCAGAGAUACAUAUCUUCAUUAGUCAAGGACAGAGUAUGGAUUGGUUUGACUGACAUUCAGAAGGAGGGCAACAUGAAAUGGGUGGAUAAUUCACCACUGAGACGAGGGUUUUGGAUGGAAGGUGAGCCGAAUGAUGAACAUGGAAAGGAGGACUGUGUUGAAAUGAUCUCUUCUUGUUCAUCUUCUAACCUGAAGAACUGGAAUGAUCUCUCAUGCUCUGAGAAGAGAAAAGGCAUUUGUGAGAAAUAGGGUUCAUCCCGUCUUGUUGUGGUUUUACUUCUUUUAUUUUAUGGAAUCAUUCUUAUUGUAAAUUCUGAAUUUCUGAUAGAGGUGCCUGCCUUUAAAACAGUCUGCUACAUUCAUUUUAUAUAAACUGCUUUCACAAUAUCAAUUUUAUUUUAUAAUUUUCUGUAAUAUACAAAAUCACAAGGCGAUUUUCAGAUGAAAGGAAAUGUAAAAUUGUCAUUAUUUUUAUUGCUAUAAUAAACUCGCAACAUCCAGUUUCUCACAAAGUGAAAAUGAUCUGGGACACCAAACCUCUGAUGUAUUCGUGUGUUGCUCCGUCAUGCUCUAUGUCAAUAUUCAAAAAGUAUUUGUAUAGCGUUUUUCACAAUAUACAUUUUUUUUCAAAGCAGCUUUACAGAAAAUGCAUCUCUACAUUACAAUUUACAGUGAUCUGUUUUCAUGCAUCUCGUUUGUUGGAAUAAUUCACUCCUAUUAUUCUGAUAUUUAGUGUCUGUGAAACUUCUUUUGUGUCGAUUUGCCUUCUCUUUGAAUAAAAUGGCAUUUAAAAAACAUUUAUUUAAUUAUAUUUAUUACAUUUUUGUUAUAUUUUGUUAUUAUUUCAUAAUGGAUUUUAUUGCACUAUAUAUGGAGAGAGUUCCUCCUGUCCAGCAGGGCGCAGCAGAGAGCAGGUUUAUCAGACUGAAGUGAUCAGAGAGGAACAGAAACAUCAGGUCAAAAGUGAAGCUCAAGUGACUUUCUACCAAUUAACUGAUAUUUUUAUGUUUUAAUUUUAAACAUUACUUUUGACACUAAUGUAAUUCCAUAAUUGAACAUUAAUAGAUAAAAGCUACACAUUAUUUUACCUCAAAACAUCUUUCAGAUCGUUGCACUAAUAUUACAAGAGUUACAAGAACACAGCUGAAGAGUUCAAUCAGACCAUCAACACAAUUACACUGAUUUAACACGUUAUUCAACUUAGGAAGAAAUUGCAACGCCUCUCGCAGUUCAAAGCGAUUAUGCAACGUCCUACGCCUUCCCUAUUCAACUUAUGAAAAAAAAGUGUAAUUGACACGACAUCAGUUACGCUUGAAGGCGAUCUGGCGGAAGCUAGAUAUUUUACUUCAUAACUUGUUAAUAUAUGGAUUUUUUUUUUUUUUUCACAAAUGCAUCGCUUCAGUUCAGAAGGCCUUUAUUAACUC